AUGAGCGCCUCUCCGUUUCCCCACCCGUUCGACCCCUUGUCGCCCGAGGAAAUCCGACUUGCAGGACAAAUUGUCCGCAAUGAUUUGGCUGGUGUGGAUAUUAAUUUUCGGGUCAUCACAUUGCUUGAACCUACAAAAGACGAGAUGAUUCCUUUUCUCGAGCAUGAGCAUUCAGGAAUCGGCUCUGUUUCGACCCCGUCUCGAGUAGCCAAGGUUCAAGCCUAUGUCGGGCAAGCUGGAGAAAAGAAGAAGUUCACUGAGUUCAUGGUCAAUCUCAACACAAGAUGCAUCCAGUCCGAGCAAGAGCUUCCAGGAAAGCAUUCGUACAUCGAUGCCGAUUACAUGCGCCAAGUCGAAAAGGCCUGUCUUGCGGACUCCAGGGUGCAAGACGAAAUCCGAUCACUCAAUCUUCCUGAAGGUGCUACUGUUGUAGUUGAACCAUGGGCGUACGCAACGGAUGGAAUGAACGACAUGAAUGAGCGCGUCACUAUGUGCUGGUUCUACAUGCGACUCUCUCCACACGCCGAUGCUAACUACUACGCGUAUCCACUCGAUCUCUGCGCCGAGGUCUCAGAAUCACUUGAGGUUACCAGGAUGUAUCGUUUGCCAUCGGGCGCAGACGAACGCAUCAACGAUGUCAAAAAGCACUUUGACUCCAGCAAGAUUCAUAGCACAAGCGAAUAUCAUCCCGACCUUGCCAAAGAGCGCCGGCAAACCACACGUCCAUACCAUGUAUCGCAGCCCGAAGGUCCUUCUUUCAAAUUUGUUGGAAACUCUCUGAGCUGGGAGAAAUGGACUUUCCGGGUGGGCUUCAACUACCGCGAAGGCAUGACUCUGCACGACGUUCGCUAUGACGGCCGAAACUUGUUUUACCGGCUCUCCCUCUCUGAGAUGUUUGUCCCUUACGGCGACAGCCGUUGCCCCUACCCCCGUAAGGGCGCAUUUGACCUUGGAAAUGAUGGAGCCGGCGUCAACGCGAACAAUCUCAAGCUCGGCUGUGACUGUCUCGGGCAUAUCAGGUACAUGGACGCAUGGCACAACACGAGCUCUGGUGAUCCUGUCAAGCUACCACACGUCAUUUGCUGCCACGAGGUUGACGAUGGUAUCUUGUGGAAGCACACUAAUCCGCGAACCGGAAACGCAGUCGUGACAAGAUCCCGCGUGCUGGUCCUUCAAACAAUCAUCACGGUCAGCAACUACGAGUACAUUUUCCUCUUCUAUUUCGGCCAGGAUGCAUCUAUCCACUAUGAAGUCCGUGCAACAGGGAUACUUUCUACAGCUCCAAUCGACGUCGGAGACAAGGUGCCGUACGGGACCACAGUAGCUCCUGGUGUGCUUGCACCCUACCAUCAGCACCUUUUCUGCCUCCGUAUCGACCCUGCGCUUGAUGGCCGCUUCAAUUCCCUGGCUGUGGAAGAGUCACACCCCAUGCCGGUUGAUGAUGCGCAAAACCCGUUCGGAGUCGGCUAUGUGACCAAAUCAAACAUCGUGCCGGAGGAGUCUGGCUUGGAUCUGGAUUUUGCAAGCAACCGCGUCUUCAAAAUCAUCAACGAAAACAAGGUCAAUCCUAUCACCCACACGCCUGUCGGUUUCAAGCUUCUUCCCUGCUACAGCCAGAUGCUGCUCGCACAUCCCAGCUCAUACCAUGCGCGUCGGUCUGAGUACGCCGCCCACGCAGUGUGGGUCACACGCUAUAGCGACGACGAGCUGUAUGCGGCUGGCAAACAUACGAUGCAAUCCCAAGGAGGUGAGGGGAUUGCGUCGUGGAUUCGUGACCGGAAGCAAGACGCCGAGCAGUCAUCCUCCGUCAGAAACGAGGACAUUGUCGUAUGGCAUACAUUCGGAUCUACGCACAACCCACGCAUCGAGGACUGGCCCGUUAUGCCGUGUGAGAAGAUGGUUGUGGGGUUGAAGCCUCUCAAUUUUUUCCUUGGGAAUCCCGGACUGGAUGUUGCCAUAUCGACGCAGGAUGCCAACCAGAGCACUCUUGUCACCGACGAAGGCAGUGGGUGUUGCGUGAAGACGAAGCUGUAG